AUGAGCCUAGUCUCUGUGCUGAUGAUUCCCGACCACCUAAACCUGCGCCUUGGCUCACGGGAACUCAAUCAUAUUGUAGUCAUGUGUCCCAACUAUAGGGCCUCAACCUACCGCUGGUGUCUAGUCGUGAGUGUGGUCGGGUCACAGGUGAAUUUUGAUGAGAGAGGUGACGGACCUGCCAGAUACACUAUCUACAACUUCCGCAAGAUACCUAACUCUCACAACUACAACUACAGUGUACUGGUUGGCAGCUGGUACAGUAAGCUGGACCUUUACUUGAGUGAGGUGUCUUGGUCAGGUAACUCUUACACUAUCCCUACCUCGGUCUGCUCACGACCCUGCCAAGUGGGCGAGAUUAAGAUCAUGCAGCAGGGCGACACGUGCUGCUGGAUCUGUACACUACAGGACUGGGAGAUGAUGGUUGGGGAAUUCACCUGCCAAGAUUGUGGUCCUGGACGCUGGCCUUACGACGAUAAGAUGGGAUGCUUCGACCUGCCCCACAAAUACAUGCAGUGGACGUCUAUCUUCGCCCUGGUACCAGUCGCCAUCUCCUCUGGUAUCGUUCUCACCCUCACCGUCAUCAUUAUCUUCACCAAACAUGACGACACCCCCAUCGUUAAGGCAUCCGGCAGGGAGCUCUCCUACAUGUUGCUCUGUGGUAUCCUCAUCUGUUAUCUCAAUACCUUUCUUCUCCUCGCUAUGCCGGGUGCUACCAUCUGCGCUCUGCAGAGGUAUGAUGUAUAGUUUCGCUUCUCCAUGAUCUACGGCGCCCUCCUGACGAGAACCAACAGGAUCUCCAGGAUUUUCGACUCGGCCUCCAGGUCGGCGCGGAGACCAGGCUUUAUUAGUCCUAAGAGCCAGGUCAUUAUCACCUGUUCCCUCGUCUCCGUCCAGGUGGUGGCGACGGUGGUGUGGUUGAUCAUAGAGAACCCCGGUGCCAGGUUCGACUACCCGACACGAGACCAGGCGAUCCUCAAGUGUCGGAUCAAGGGGUCGUCGUUCCUGCUCUCCCUCAUCUACAACAUGGUCCUCAUCACCACCUGCACCGUGUACGCCGUCAAGACCAGGAAGAUCCCCGAGAACUUCAACGAGAGUAAGUUCAUCGGCUUCACCAUGUACACCACCUGCAUCAUCUGGCUCGCCUUCGUCCCCAUCUACUUUGGCACCGGCAACUCCUACGAGGUACAGAUCACUACCCUGUGUGUGGCCAUCUCCUUGUCGGCGUCGGUAGCGCUGGUGUGUCUCUACUCCCCCAAGAUCUACAUCAUCGUCUUCCACCCCGACAAGAACGUUCGUAAACUCACCAUGAACAGCGCCACCUACAAGAAGGCGCCAACAGCCUCCAGCGCCGCCUCCGUCAAUCAUGGGUCGGAGGGCGUGAAACUGCAGACGGUGCCAGGAACACCCUCACGCACAGCUACAGAGGGAGGAAGUCAAGGGGCAAUGGAGAACGAGGCACUUCUUUGAAGGAGACGCAAGUCUACUAGAUGGCCGCCUGAAUGUUACUCUCACUCGUCGUCAGUGUUGACUCUAGACUUAGGGUUUAGUGGAAGACCCUGAUCCAAUGUUGUUAUUGUACCAUGUUUGUUCACUGGUGUUGUGGGUCACUGAACCGUGAAGACUGUCACCACUUCGUCACUCCUCGUGGCUCUUGAUCAACCCAGUAAUGUUUGGGGUCCCGGGAAGGACUUUCAGGAGUUACUGGAAGGACACGCUUGACAGUCACAGAGAACCUUCCAGUCUUUUUGAAAUCACUGUUGUGGAUGAUCUGCCUAUGGCGCCGGUGACCUCCCGACCCUCUCAAGAAUACCAAUGGUCGUCGAAGAUACUGCCAUACCUACAUCCCUGUCGACGUCCCACAACUGAGUUAACGAGGGAUAAACGCAAGACUUCAUGGAGGCAUCACAAUGUUCGGAUGACAAAGUGUUAAUUCCAUAAGUUAAAAAUAGCGUUAUACGAGCACUUAUGACUCUCAUUAUUUACUAUUAAGGUAUUGUGUCUAUACCAAUGAUCAAGAUAGGUAUUGUUUUCAUAUUUCUGUGUCCAUGAUGUUCUUAGCUCGUCCGUUAUCCCCCGCGUGGGUGAAAAUACCAUAUCAUUAGUGUUAUUUACUUAUUCCAAUCAGAUGAUAACAUACCAAAGAUACUACGGGAAUUAUUGCACAUACAUACUACUGUUGUGACUCCUAUAAUACAACUUGUUUAAACGAUGCAAAAAAAUUCUUGAGUGCUAUGUGCCAAGUGUGUCCUCUGACUUGAGUGCGCAGGAAGAAAAUCUCUCCGAAUUUUAGUGCAUUGGAGUGAUCUUUCAAUGUUUGUAGGACGAAAUGAGGUACUUAGUGCAUACACAAAAAUGCGAUACAGGAUGACAGUGAGUACAGACGCUUUAUAUCGAAAAUACUACAAAAAGUCUCUCUACUACAGUAAUAUGAAGACGUAGAAUGUGAAUGAAGGUUUAGUGACAAGUUCGUUUUGGUGUGUGUGUCGAACUGUAUGUAAUCCAAUAUGAAGAAAAAUUAACCAUUUUUUCCUCUUAGUUCCAAGAAAACUAAAAUUGCAACAAUAUGUCUGAAGGAGAAACAAAAAAAUGCCCAAAGAAAAAAGGAAAACAGGAAACAAAAUAAAAAAAAUAAAAUAAAAAAAGGUACAGAAUUUGUGAUGUGUGGUGAUGAAUUAUAAUUUAUCUAGAACUAAAAUAAAAUCCCUUGAAAUAUUCAUGCUACAGUUUAAGAUAUUUACUAACGCUGAUAUAAACAAUAAUAGGAUAAAUAUAAACAAAUUAUUUUGAUUCCGAAACAGAAAAUAGACAGAAGAAUGAACUCCAGUUUCAAUAAAUUCAUGUGAUCAUUAUAAGCAAAAAUAUUAUAGAUCAAAUAGCGGAUGAAUGAAAUCCCUUAAAUGAAAAAUAAUUAAAGGCAGAGGAAAACUAAAAUUAUACAUCACACACACCAGAGGAUCCCCAGUGAAGAAUAAUUUAUCACGUGUGGAUCAUCUGUCACCAGCUAACAAAAACAUUACCACCAGACAGCAAGAAGAUGGAUUAUACUGUUGAUCAUAUUAAUCAGACAAUCCUUAACUAUUACCAGCAGGCACUGAGGGUAUAAGGUACCACACGCCCACCACACCCACUAACCUGGCAGUGUGGUAGAACAAUGACAUAUCAGCCCUAGUUCCCCAGGAUAGGUAUAAAGACAACUACUAUUUCCUGUUGGGGCACUAGAAGCACCUCUGGCCUACUGUUGUAUCACGCUGUAGGUGCAGGAGUGAGUCUGAUAUAACACUUUGAAAUGUGUUUUGUUUUUUUAUCUAUUUUUUUUAAUACAUGUCUUUUGUUACAUGUACUAUGGUGCUCUUUUUCUAAGGUCUGCACAACUCUCCCUCUCUCUCCAUGUCUUAACUUUGGUUUCAUAAAAUCUAAACUAUCUAUUGUAAAAAGACUCGUAAUUAUGUCUCAUAGAUUAAAUCUUUAGAGUAAAAGGUUGACUAGUUUCGCCAUUGCUCUAAAGUUUUGACCAUUACGAGCUCUCGUCUAUCCUCAUUGGACAGUGUUCUUGACCAAUUAAAAAACGAGUCUUUCCUCAUCGUCAUUGGUUAGUUGUUUUGUCCAAUCACCAUAUGCGUCUUCUGAAUCUGAGCCCACAGAAGACGACGAAUGGUCGUUGGGAAAAUUUCUUUGUGUACAUUUAGUUGAUCAUGUCCACCAGUGUGCGGGAGUUCUUGUUUAUGUGUACAUGUGUGCGUGCAUUAAAAUGUGUGUAAAUACGAGUGUACGUAUACCGCCUUCUCAGUUCAGCGGUUGUCCUAAGAUGAUGACAUACUGUACGAGUUUGUUCAAAGAAAAUAUGCAGAGCGAAUUCUGAGAAAUCUCCCAUACUGUUAUAGUAAUUCUUACCAACUGUUAAUACCGUGUAUACUAACGAUACUACAGAUAAAACUACUACUACAUGUACUACUACUACGACUAUUACAUUUACUUAUUUAAAGUGGCCUCAAACCUUCCCUUACAGCCACACCUACUACUACUACUACUACUACUACUACUGCAGUUAUCAAGAGAACCAGGGAAUGCAUCUCUCUCCCUCUCAUCAAAAAAUAAUUCGUGAAUUCCAUCAUUCUCGCAAGUCUUUCAAUUGCAUUAUGGAAACAAGUCACAAGAGAGAUUCCUCCCUUCUCCGUCGUGACGUCACCACUUGGCAUACCGCCACAGCCUAUGUGACAUUACAUCUAUGUGUUAUGUGUGUGUGUGUGUGUGUGUGUGUGUGUGUGUGUGUGUGUGUGUGUGUGUGUGUGUGUGUGUGUGUGUGUGUGUGUGUGUGUGUGUGUUUUAGCUGAUGUGUUUGUAAGUGUCAUUGCAAGUUGUACAUAAACGAUGUUUAUAUUUCCUACAUAAUACUCAUACUGAUGUUAUUAAGUGCACCUUGUAUAUAAAUUUAGGUAUUUGCACAAAGCCUCAUGUAAAGCUUGGUCGUAAAGUACGUGUGCAUGGCGCGAGUUGUUCUGGUAGAGUAGUGAAGCCC